AUAUAAAAUAAAAAUAGUAACAAAAACAUAAGAAAAAAAAAAAAUAUAUGCCUCCCAAAGCUAAAAAAGAAACAGCCCCAAAAGAAGUAAUUUCAUACGGACCUCCCAACGUAUCCGAAAACGAAUUAGUAUUCGGAGUAUGCCAUAUAUUAGCAACUUGGAACGAUACAUUUAUUCACGUUACUGAUCUUUCUGGAAGAGAAACAUUAGUAAGAGUUACCGGAGGAAUGAAAGUAAAAGCUGACAGAGAAGAAUCAUCUCCUUAUGCUGCUAUGUAAGCUGCUCUUGAUGUUGUUAAUAGAUGCAAAGAAUUAAAAAUUAAUGCCCUUCAUAUUAAAUUAAGAGCUAGAGGUGGUGUUGAUACUAAAUAACCUGGACCUGGUGCUUAAUCUGCUUUAAGAGCUUUAGCUCGUUUUGGUAUGAGAAUUGGAAGAAUCGAAGAUGUUACUCCUAUUCCUACUGAUAGUACUAGAAGAGAAGGUGGUAAAAGAGGUAGAAGAUUAUGAGAAAUAUAUUUAUUUUUUAGAGAAAAGGAUGUUUAUUAGCUUUCCUUUCUUAUUUAUUUUUUUUUUUUUUGAAAAAAAAAGGAUUAAAAAUAAAUAAUAUAGCUUUUUUAUAUAUAUAAGUUAUCUAUUUUAUAAUAAGAAAUUUUAGAUAAUGAAAUAUUUGUUGUUAUUAAUUUUUUGUUGUGAGUAUUUGAAAAAAUAUUUAUAAUUAUUUAAACUUUUC